GUUACUUCAUUUUUAUUCAUUCAUAAUGAAGAACCACAAACAAGACCAUAAUCUCAAAGAAGCAGUAGAGGUGAUGGAUUCAAACAAAGUUCAAAUCAAAAUGCCGGUCGUUUACACUCCUCCUCCACCGUUGAAGCGGUGGUUCCCGGUGCUGAUUCCGACGAUUGUGGUGGUAAAUGUGAUCCUGUUUACGGUGACAAUGUAUGUCAACAAUUGUCCAGAGCUUUCCAUUCCUCCUACUUCAUGUUUUGCUCCGUUUCUUGGUCGAUUCUCAUUUCAGCCAAUUGAACAGAACUAUCUCCUCGGUCCUUCUUAUUAUCCUUUAUAUUUCAGGUUAAUAAAGAUGGGUGCUCUACAUAUGGACAAACUGGUUCAUAUUCACCAGGCUUGGCGCCUAUUCACAUCUAUGUGGUUGCAUCACGGGGUUAUCGAUUUGCUUCUUAACAUAUUGCUUCUUUUAAUCAUUGGAAUUCCUCUUGAGAAGAAAUUUGGUUUUGUUCGAAUUGGAUUGGUGUAUGUGAUAUCUGGUUUGGGAGGAAAUUUGCUGUGUGUUUUAUUCCUCCACGCAAUCAUCUAUGUUGGUGCAUCUGGUGCAAUAUUCGGCUUACUAGGAGUGAUGCUAUCAGAGGUUUUAACGAAUUGGAAAAUGCGUACUCAUAAGUUUGAUAAGACGUUGAUUCUUGUGAUCAUUGUUAUCGACUUAGCUCUUGGAACAUUUCCAUUUGGAAACAAUUUUAGUAACAUUGGAGGGUUUACAUCAGGAUUUCUUCUUGGAUUUGUGAUUUUGAUUCGUUCUCAGUAUAAUUGGCUUAACCUAACCAAGUCUAAUUCUGCACCGAAGCAAGUAUCUUAUCGAUAUGCCCUUUGCAUCAUCUCGUUUGUGCUACUUUGUGUUGGAUUUGUCGUUGGCCUCGUCUUGUUCCUUAAAGGGGUGGACUUGAAUGAUUACUGCUCUUGGUGCCAUUAUAUAACGUGUGCCCCUCCGAGCUGUAAACCAGGUUACGUUUCUUGUGAGGAUUACCAGAUCGGAAACAAACUUAACGUGACAUGCUUGAACAAUGGGAGAAAUGGCAUUUUCCCUCUGUCAAACGGUAACCCUUACGAGCAGGCAGAAGAGCUAUGUUAUCGCCUUUGCGGUAAAUAGCCGAUGCAACACCUUAUAUAUAUGAUUUGUUCUUACUGCUGCUGCUGACAAUAAGAAUGAAUCAGUAUGGUUGUUCCCAUAGUUGAUGUCUCUACUAUCAUUAGUACAUUAUUUAUAGCUGAUAUUAUAAUCUUGUAGCUAUGAAAUUACUCAGCAGGGUAUAUAUUUAAUAAGUUUGUGUGAUUAAUGUUACUGAAUCUUCUGAUAUUAAAUAUUUCACCAUUUUGAUA